UAUUCACGUGAAAUAGAAUUGUGAUAUUAACUUUUCUAAAUACAAGAUGCAAUAUUAUCAUAUAUCGGUCAAUACUUUGUUCAACAAUUAGAAUAUAAGCUAGAAAGUAUGAUACCUGUAUCAGCACAGCUUAAAUGUAUACUAUUAUCUUGGUAAACAGUAAAAUUAUUACAGGUAGCAAAUCAAGUAAACACCGAUGGCGGCGAGCAAAACCAUUGACAAGUACUUGUUUACAGUUGUGUUCUUUGCGACCUUACUGUUUAAUGCUUUUAGAUUAAAUAAAUACGCACUGGAGCUGAGCUGACCAGGAACGGUGUUUCAUUGGCAUGCAAAAUGGAUGACGAAGAACUGGAAAAGCUAGCUAUGGAGGAGAUCCUGAAGGAAACCCAGCGUGGAGCAGAACGUGCGAAAGAACAGGGUGCUCUUGGAUGGCAAAAGUGUCCACUGCCGGCAACAAAUAAAAGAUUCCUGAAAAAUAUGCUCGUUGGAACUCUGCGUAACCUGGAUGACCGGAAGCGGAGACACAAUGACUAUGAUAACGAAUAUGACAAACAGAGAGAUCAAUGGAAGACAAGACGUAGAGAUUCAGAUCACGACUACGAUCGUGAGGAGAGGUCUGUGAGAAACCACAGAGACACUUCUGAAUAUCGUCGCAAGAAAAACCGACAUCGCUCACAUGGCAGCGAAACCAAGGAACACAAGAAGAAUAAACAUCAUGGUAAACACAAGAAAGAUGGCAGUAAACGAGAUAAACAUAGAAGCAAGAAAAAGUCAUCGAAGAAACAUAAGAAAAAAGAUGUAGAUAAAGCCAAGUCUUGAUUUCUAGUAUUAUUGCAUUCAUUUUUUUGUAGGAAUUUUAUCAGAUUUUGUUUACCAACUGUGGUCUUUGGUUUUUAUUUUCAUGUUCCAUUGAUGUGUCAAAUUAUAGAUUCAUUCACUUUUCAAAUGAAAGGUUCUUGUGUGUCAAAACAUCAAUCAUUAUGAUGGGCCUACAUCUGCCAGAAGACUGCUUCUAGCUAAUGGUCAUAUUUGUACUGACAUUAUUUUCCAGGUGUAAAAACAAGUUUGAUAAUAUUGUGGCAAUAACUGACUGCAUGCUCAUUUAAGAAUUGACUUCAAUAUAUAUUUUCCGUUUAUGAAGGUUUAAGUGUAAAAACAGGUGUGCUUGCACACAGGUGUGUUUUCCGAAGAUAUCUCAGAAGAUGCAAAAAUAUAUUGAAGUCAGUUCUUAGGAAUACAUUAGUUAAGAAUACUGUAAUAAUUUAACAUACUGUCUAUUUAAUCAUUUACACAUAAAACUGUAGACAACGAUAAAAAAUCAGCGGCAUCCUUCUGUACAAUAAUGCAACACAAGCCCUGCCCACUCUGUUAUCAGCCAAUCAAGAAACAGUCCACUAGUGGGUGUGGCUUAAUUUAUUUGGUUUAUGGUUAGCCGAUCAAAUGCCAUGGAAUCACUUGCAAUUUAUUUUUGUUGGUGUGAUUUCUAAUUUGAUCAAAUGAAUGGCAGUUGUGGCCUAGAGGAAAGGACACUGGCACACACUCUUUAAGAGAAGCCUGUCUGUAAUGUUUUAUGUUUUAUUCUUUUUAUGUAGCAAGAAGGUUCAUCUAUACGAUAGUGUGUUUGGUAUGGAGACUUUGAAAUGGCAAAGGAAGGUUCAAGCAUCGAAUGGCUUUUAAGGGUUAGGGACCAGUCAUUUAUUAUGGGAGGGGUCAGAGGGAAGCAGGGGAGUCUCAUCAUUAAAUAUGACAGUGUCUAGGGGAGGGUCUUAACAAAUGAUACACAUAUUUGGGGAUGGGGGUGAGAAAUUGGACACUUUUUUAUUAAGUAUAAAGUGAUUUUCGCGUUUUUGUCUUUCCAGGGAGGGUCAUAAAACAAAAUGUAUGGGGACAUGGGGUGGGUCAGCCAAAAAUAUGACAAGCAUUAUGGGAAGGUCAUUACUUUUAGUGAAAUUCCUUUGUCGUACCCACCCCUACAAUAAUUGACCGGUCCAUUAGUUGUAGCCACUAUUCCUCUUACUUCAAGACUGGUGAAAAUCUACAGGUAUUGGUUGUGUUAUUCCAAAAUCCAGUCAUUUCACAUUAACUGCUUGUUCAAAAUGAGCUGUAGACUAGUUGCAUAUGUCCAACGGUGUCAACUGCGGUGUACGGUGUCGAGUUUACCUUUCAGACGAGACCAAUUUCUCCAAUUUCUCAGGGUUACAUUCAAGUAUGCAACAAAUGUCUGUUUAAUCAUCAUGAUCAUUAUCAGCUGCUAACGAAGUUAAUGAGGACAUAUGUGACAUAAGAGUGAUAAGUCACACCUACAGCAAGGCCUCAUAGUUUCAUAGGAGAAAUGGAGACUAUUAGCUGAGUGUGUUACAUUAUCAUUAAUAUCAUAUUGUAGGAAUCUGAAUUGAGCCUUUGGCGAGCAUAAUACUUAGUCUUUAUUCCUAAUAUAUGAUAAGGAAACACACAAGAGCAAUAAUCACUUUAUCAUAUAAUGACAUUCUUAACAUUAUCAAUCUUAAAGACAUAAAGACGCUCAAUGAAGUAACUUAAGAAACAUGUAUGAAUACAGAGUUGGAGCGAACUGCCCUAUUUAUUUUAUCGUCCCAAAUGAUUUGCAGCCAUGUAUGUCCACAGAGUCUGCCAUACAUGGGGAAUCCCCAUCUAUACUCUUUGGGAACGGUAUUCAAUAGAGAGCAAACAUUGUGUCGAUGUAUGGAGUGUGAAAUUAGUUCAUUUGCAUAUUUAUUGGAUCGUGAUACCAAGUUGAUCAGAUUGGUUUAUGGCAUCAAUAACACGAUCCUUCAUAUCGUAAAACCUCUGUACUGAGAGACCACACAGGCACUAUGUGGCAGGUGACUCCAAGGCUAAAAGAUAUAUGGAAAGUGGUUCUCAGUAUGAAUAGUGAAACAUUGGUGAUGAGCAGCCUGUUUGUUUUGUCCUUUUCACACAAAGUGUUUUCCUGCUUUUUCUUUUUUGUCCUUUAAAUUCAGAUCUAUUUUUCAUAAUUAUCUUGUUUCGGAUGCACAUUGACAUUGUUUUUUAGUGUGUUCAGAUUUUAUUAUAAGAGUUAAUGAGAUAAGUUUUUUUAUUAAACAGAGCCUAGGUUUGUAGACUUCCGCAUGCAGUGGGGUAGCCGCGUGGUUAUAGCAUUUGCCUCUCACUCUUUAAACCUGUGUUUCGAUUCCCCACAUGGGUACAGUGUGUGAAAUCCAUUUCUGGUGUCCCCUGCCAUGAUAAUGCUGGGUUUUUGCUAAAAGUGGGGUAAAACCAUACUCACUCACUCACUCACUCACUCACUCAGCAUGCAGUAGAGUGUCACCAUGUGUAUUCACACACACUGGAAUGGAAGCGCAUGUGUACUGGCUAUGGGUUGAGCCAAACAUAUCUUAUAAAUCAACUCAUUAAUUUAAGAUCCAGUAACUGGACCCAAAGCCAUGAAAUGGAAAUUGAAAAAAGCAUCAUUUCCCCCCAACAAUGCAGUCCACAGUCUCAGUCCACAUCAUUGGCAGCCACACAAUCAUGAGCCAAAGUGACUUGGUUUUAGUCAGCUGUCAGUUCCGAAUCUUUUUUGAGACCACGGUGCACUGAUCAACUUAUAGGACCUUUGAGGCUUAAUGUGGACUGAUUGCACUGCAAUUUGAUUAUCAGAUACUGAAGUUACAUUUCAAUACAGGCAACUGAUAAGCAUUCACCUCCCACCCUUACACAUUUGCUGAUUCCCCUGUCUGGUAUGUAGUUAUUGGGAGGAUAUUUCUGGGGAGGAAGUGUCUCCAUUGCGGAGAAAACAAUAACUUGCUCAGCUUUUCCCUUCAGAGAAAGAAUUGUAUGCCUUGAAGAGGUUACUGAAACAAUAAUUUUAUCUCUGACAAAAACUCCAGUCUCUCCCUGCUGAUUCUUUUGUUUGGGAUCUUCUUUAUCAGGAGGGGUCACAGGGUGGCCCAGUUGCUGUGCAGAGUUGCGUCCCCUGGGGACACCAGAAACCUAUGAUUAUAGGUUUGAUUCCAGGUUCACCCUGAUAAUGGCCUGAGGUUUGUCAGCAACUUGUGGUAAAUGUGGUAAACGUCAUUUCGAGCUUCCCUCCCACAUUAAGCUGGCAUGCCGUGGUAUAACUGGAUUACUGUUCACAGCAGCGUUAAACCCAUCUCACUAACUCUCUAUCCAGAUGAUUUUACUGGGAAGAAAGUGUCUGGAUUUGCAGGCUUUAAGUGUUCACAUAUUAAUCAAGUACAUGACUGUUACUUUGUGAAAAGAAUUAAUGGCAUUCCAUAUACAUUUUAAAAAAGGCACAAAGAAAUUACACCCAUCAAUGCAUCACAGGUGACUCAGGGCUCUUAUGUGCACUAUGCAGAGUGGUGUCCCUUAGCUAUGUCAGGAUCUGCUGAUCAUGAAUUUGAAAUCCCAACUCUGUCGUGAUUAUUUUCCUUGGCCUGUCACUCACUCACUCACUCACUCACUCUGUAACUGCAAAAAUAUGACCAUGUUACUAACAUCUAUCAUUAUUUCAUGAUUGUUUUUUGUUGUUAAGCAGAUGUUGGGAAAAUAGUAUCUAAGGGGAACAUCAUUAAUUUCUAUACCAGCUAACCAAAGUGAUAAACUUUGGUCUCGUUUAGAUGUUUGGUUUUUAUACAUAAAUGUGAUAAAUACCAUCAGCAUUCAGUACUUAGGUGCUUAACACAAUGACUACUGUAAUUGUGAAGUUUAUUUCACUGCCCUACCUUGCUCAAAACAUACAUCAUGUCAAACAGGGGGCACAGGUGGCCCAGUCGCCUAAGGCUGUGAUUCGCUGUGCAGAGUCGCGUCCCUUGGGCAUGCAAGAAACUUAUGAUUGUGGGUUCGAAUCCCGGUUCACCCAGAUUAU